AUGAGCCGCCCUGUUAUUGCAGACGUGAAAGUCUCCCUUUUCGGUGAUUCGGCCCAGCUAGAGACGGCCUUCCCUGGUUCUGUAGCGGGGGAGUCGGAGCAUCUGGGCUACUCGUUCCACACGGUCAUCAGGGAUGUGAAUGCAUACAGGUUCCACUUCUUCGCGGCCGCUACGGACAAGCCCAUCAGCGAGUACAUGAAGCAAAAGCUCUCCGCUUCUCAGAUAUUCGUCUUCCUAGUCAACGACCGGACGAGCAGCGUGUUGGCAGACCUGCUUGACAGAUCCUUGCUGACGGGGCCAACCAUACUGGUUGCCAGUCCUCAGGAAGAAGCCAUGAUCCGAUCCACAGAUGGGUACGCCAGGUGCUGCAACAGGGGAGUCACAACCGUGAUCAGUAGAGGGCUGUUUGACGAAUCUCCCGUCGACCUGAUUCUCAACUUCGCCCUCGAACACAUCAAGGAUAUGACGUACAAGGAGAUAAGAUGA